AUUAAUUAUUUAUUAAAAAAAUUAUUGAAUGAAUUUAAAAAAUGAAUAUUUGUUUAUAAUAAUCGAUGAAACAUGCUUAUUUUUAAAGUAUAAAGCAGCGGUUGACCUGACAAGCUUAGCUGGACCAUACCACCUCUCGUCUUGUCCUCAAUCCCCAUCCCACAUUCUUCUGUCAUUGCGUUUUCAUUUUCAAAACAAAACAAAAGGCCAAACGUUAUAUUGAAACAAAAAAUUCUACCGAAGAAGACAACAAAAUCAAACCACCAACGUCGCUCUUCUGCGCCCACAUUGUAUUCCUCGAGCCGAGGCAUGCAUAAGAUGAAUGAAUGAAUAUUGAAUGAUGGAGUCAUCGAGUGGAAGAGAGUUUUGUGCAAAUGGGACCUCCAUGGAUACCGCGGAGGUUGAGGCUAAGCUCGAUCAAGGAAAUAUUCAAGAUGCUGAAACUGCAUUACGUGAUGGCUUGUCUCUUACUUCUGAGGAAGCACAAGCUCUACUCGGAAAAUUAGAGUAUCAAAGAGGUAAUGUGGAAGGUGCUCUUCGUGUAUUUGAUGGGAUUGAUCUUAAAGCAGCUAUACAGCGACUGCAACCUUCUUUUUUGGAAAAGCCACCCGUCAAAAAAGGUCCCUCUCGUGCCGAAUCACCUUCUUCAGUAACUCAGCAUGCUGCUAGUAUGGUGCUUGAAGCCAUCUACCUAAAAGCCAAGUCUCUACAAAAACUGGGGAAAUUUGAUGAAGCUGCCAAUGAAUGCAAGCAAGUUCUUGAUGCUGUUGAGAAGGUAUUUUCUCAGGGUAUAUCUGAUACUCAAGUUGACAGUAGAUUGCAGGAGAUAGUAAGCUGUGCAGUAGAGCUCCUUCCCGAGCUUUGGAAACAGGCUGGUUGCUACGAUGAGGCAAUAACCGCUUAUAGGAACGCUCUUCUAAGUCAAUGGAAUCUUGAUAAUGAUUGCUGUGCGAGAAUUCAGAAAGCAUUCGCCGUAUUUUUGCUUUACAGUGGUGUGGAGGCGAGUCCGCGAAGUUUUUCCGUUCAGAUUGAGGGGUCUUAUGUACCUAAGAAUAAUCUCGAAGAGGCAAUUCUUCUUCUUAUGAUUGUUUUGAGGAAGUUUAGCCUAGGUAAAAUAAAAUACGAUCCUUCAGUUAUGGAACACCUAACUUUUGCACUCUCAGCAUGUGGCGAAACUUCUAUUUUGGCGAAGCAAUUUGAAGAGAUGCUUCCUGGUGUAUAUCAUCGUAUUGACCGUUGGAAUUCUUUAGCUCUAUGUCUUAGUGGAGCUGGACAAAAUAAAAGUGCUUUGAAUCUGCUACGGAAGUCUUUGCACAAACAUGAACGACCAGAUGACUUGCUAGCAUUAUUAUUGGCUGCGAGGAUUUGCAGUGAGGAUCCUCAUCUUGCUGCUGAGGGUGCAGGAUAUGCUCAGAGGGCAAUCGAUAAAGCUCAGGGCUUAAACGAGCAUUUGGAAGGUGUUGGUCUUCGGAUGCUCGGACUCUGUCUUGGAAAGCAAGCUAAGGUUGCUUCCUCCGAUUUCGAGAGGUCCAUGCUUCAGUCAAAAGCUUUGCAAUCAUUGGAGGAGGCAGUUAGAUUAGAGCAAAACAAUUUUGAUCUAAUUUUUGAACUGGCUAUUCAAUAUGCCGAGCACCGAAAUUUGGCGGUUGCUUUACGUUAUGCCAAGCAGUUCUUCGACAAAACUGGUGGCUCUAAAUUGAAAGGAUGGAGAUUGCUUUCUCUGGUUUUGUCUGCACAGAAAAGAUUUACAGAGGCCGAAGUGGUAACUGAUGCGGCUAUAGAUGAGACCUCGAAAUGGGAGCAGGGGCCUUUGUUCAGGAUAAAAGCCAAGCUGAAGAUCGCUGAAUUAAGACCAAUGGAUGCUAUUGAGAUUUACCGGUACCUUCUUGCACUAGUUCAAGCCCAGAAGAAAUCUGUUGGCACUCAAAGACUUAGUUCACAGGACGAGGAGGAUCAAAUAAAUGAGUUUGAUGUUUGGCAUGGUCUAGCAAAUUUAUAUGCAAGCCUUUCACAUUGGAAGGAUGCUGAAAUCUGUUUGCAAAAGGCUAGAGAGUUGAAGGAAUACUCGGCAGCAACAAUGCAAACUGAAGGUAUUGUGUUUGAAGGUUGUGGACAAAGCGGUAAAGGUCUUGCAGCUGCUAUCAAUGCUAUCCUAGUUGAACCAAACCAUGUUCCAAGCAAGAUCUUGAUGGGUUCUUUGAUGCUGAAAAGUGGUUCAAAAGCAUCACCUGUUUCUAGGAGUUUACUUUCCGAUGCACUUAGAAUAGAACCAACUAAUCGCAAUGCUUGGUAUCAUCUCGGAUUAACUCACAAGGAAGAUGGUCGAAUGGGUGAUGCUGCUGAUUGCUUCCAGGCAGCUUCAAUGCUUGAAGAAUCUGAUCCCAUUGAAAGUUUUAGUUGUAUGCUUUGAAUGGAUUCAUCCUAAAUACUUAACUCUAAGUCACAUUUAGUGCAUGUUUGAAUUGACGGUCAGUUUAGCAAAAUCACACAGUGUAAACACUUUGAUGUCGACGGUGUCAUUAUGAUUUCAUGAAACUCAAUGUGAUUUCAAACAUGCACUAAGUAUACUAGUUUCUAUUAGUUUUGAAAAUGUCGCCAUUUGUUUUUACAUUUUAAAUUCUUGGUAUUCGAAACUAGACACUAAGGAAACAAAUUGAUUUGAAAUUAUUAAUUAGGCAAUAAGAAGAUGAGAAAGAGGUUUGUCUUAUUCAGCUGGUAGGGUGAAUGAAUUGUAAAGAACUUCAUUUGUUUUUUUUUUUUUUUUUUGAUGUGGUUCAGUUUCUUCUCAGCCUUGUAAAUGUAUGAUACUUAUCAUUUUGAAUAGAGUAAACUGUAAAGAUUCA